UGCAGUUGAGCUUUGUAAUCCGACGCAGGACGACCGCGGACAAACCAUGCGUACUGCCGUUCCGUACCAGUGUUCACCAUCCAGUGGAUGGCCUGUGAAGUAGGUGGUUUUUACAAUCACCUAACAUAUUCCCCACAAGCAUGUUCGUAUGUGGUAUACGGCGUUGGUGAUAAGUGAUCGUGAUUUUAUGUAGGAAAUGUAUGAAAAAUUGAUCAAAGCAAGCAGCGGCGCUUGCAAACCGAGAAAAAAGAUAAGCGUGUUGCGAAGUGCUGGAGAAUAGUGAGAUCGGGAAAAACAGGAGAGAGACACAUCAACAAAAACAACAAAAAAAAUACGCAAAGAAACAGUGAAAGUGUAUGUGUGUGUACGCGCGCGUAUGUGAGGGUAAGCGUGUGUGUGUGCGUGUGUGAAACUGGUAUGUGUGUGUGUGUGCAAACUUCGUGUUGGCAUACUCGUUCUUAGUGAGCAAAUAGUGAAGAAAAUCCCGUUAGAAUUUGUGAGCAUGAGCGCGAAACAGGCAGGAUAAAGCAAGUUCUACACAACCAAACCCCGAAGAGAUAGUGACGUGAGAGUGUGAGUGAUUGUCGUUGAGUGUAGAAGAAAGAGAAAGAGAAACAUAAUAUUGCAGUGGGUGACGGAAAAAAGAUCGAAAAAGAAACCCCAGCAUUCGGUGCGUGAGUGAAGACAAGAUGGCGUCGGUACGUGUGGAGGAACAUACAACCCGUGCGAGCGAUACGAAAGCGGAUGGAAAUGGAGUUGUUGGCGGUGGUUCCCAGACUAGCGGAGAGGCAGAAUGUGUAUCCAUUAUGGAAAGUGCGGCACCACUUUUGGAAGGGGCCAAUGUGAUUAGAUUAUCCGCGAGGAGAAAAUGCAAGAGAAAACAGCGAGAACAGGCGUCGUGUGGGAUAGCAGUGGGUGGAUCCUUUGCGAGAGCGAAACCGACUGCGGAACUAACCCUUCGGCAACGACAGUAUCGUUCUACAGACCACAGUAAUUCCAUUAAAAGCCCUAAUCACCCGGACAAUAAUAUAUGUAUCGUAGCGGAGAAGGGUGCCAACGUACGGCAGCGCAACAGCUCUCUCAAGCAAUCAGCUCUGGGCAGUGAGGCAUCGAGUGCGGACAAUAAAAGCAACUACCAUUGCCAGCAGCCACUGAAGACGGCGACAGUGCCCGUGGCGACAGCGCUGGCUUCCGAGAGCAAAGCGCAGCAAUCGUUUGACCUCGCUUCAGUCCCUGCAGCAUCAUCGCCGUCAUCAUCAUCCUUGUCUUUACCGUUUAGCCUGCCAAAGAUUCUGAGCAAUGCCAUGGCAACAGUUCGGCUGCCCAAGUUGCUAUUGCUAGGCCUAAUACUGUCCCAGUUCGGGUGCGGAUGUUCCGGGUUCGUGCUGGACGGAUCGCAGAACAGUUUUGCACAAUUCCGCAAAUGGUAUACCGGGUUGAAUGGGUCACUGGAGCUCGAGUUCAAGACGGAGCAGCCGAAUGGGCUCGUGCUCUACACCGACGACGGUGGCACGUUCGACUUCUUCGAGCUGAAACUGGUUGAGGGAGCCCUUCGACUGCGGUAUAAUCUUGGUGGAGGCGCACAAAUCAUUACCGUCGGUCGGGAUCUUCACGAUGGCCACUGGCAUAAAGUGCAGGUAAUGCGCAACGACGAGCACACAACCCUGACCGUCGACGGUGUCUCACAAAGUCGCAGCUCGCGAGGGAAGGAGUUUCUGUUCGGCAAGUUCGCCACCAACUCGGACGUCUUUGUCGGCGGUAUGCCAAACUGGUACAACACCAAGCUUGCCCUGUUGGCACUGCCCAGCGUCAUCUUCGAGCCAAGGUUCAGAGGAUCGGUAAGGAAUCUGGUCUACUCGGACCAGCCGGGCGUAUCACCCAGGCGACAAGAGAUGCGACAACCGCGGGAUAUCAAGUGCGGAGAUUCACCCUGCGAUUUGACAGCAAUGCCUCGAGAAAAAGUCACACGGCAACUUCGAACCAACGUUACUGAUGCCUGCGAGCGCCACGAUCCUUGCCAGCAUGGUGGCAUCUGCAUAUCGACUGAUUCGGGCCCGAUCUGUGAGUGCCGCAACGUGGAAUACGAAGGAACCUAUUGCGAGCGAGACAAAGCACCGUCGGAGGCAACGUUCCGGGGCACCGAAUUCCUUUCGUACGAUCUGGGACAGACGGGCGGGGAACCGAUCGUUAGCGCCCAGGAUGCCAUCACGCUCUACUUUCGUACCCGCCAGCCGAACGGGUUGCUGUUCUACACCGGUCACGGAACUGAUUACCUGAAUCUGGCUCUGCGUGACGGUGGUGUUUCGCUGACCAUGGGCCUAUCGAACGGGAAGCAAGAAAUGCACAUCAAACCAUCCCGCGUACGCUUCGACGACCAUCAAUGGCACAAAGUUACGGUUCAUCGGCGAAUCCAAGAGAUCUCAUCGAUAACGAGCUUCUGUCGGCUGGUCGCCGUUGUGGACGAUGUGUACACGGACCAUUCGCACAUUGCCGGCAAGUUCACGAUGCUUUCGUCGUCGCGUGUGUACGUGGGUGGUGCAGUUAAUCCUCGAGCCCUUCUGGGAGCCCGUGUGCACAACAAUUUCGUCGGCUGUCUGCGUAAGGUGGAAUUUUCUGCCGAUACGCUGCGGUUGAAUCUGAUCGAUCUGGCGCGCACCGGAUCGAAGCUGAUACAGGUUGCCGGACGCGUUGAUUAUACGUGUCCAUCUGGGGACCCUCAGGAUCCGGUUACAUUCACCACGCGAGAAUCGUAUCUGCUACUGCCACCGUGGGAUGCGUCCAAGCAAGGCGUGCUGUCAUUUAAAUUUCGCACAAACGAGCCAAACGGAUUAAUAAUCCUCAACACAAUGACCCGGGCCCCGAAGAGUAACUUCUUCGCGGUCGAGCUACUGAACGGGCACAUCUACAUCCAUAUGGAUCUCGGAUCGGGAGCGGUCAAGGUGCGUGCGUCGCGACGUCGCGUGGAUGACGGCGUCUGGCACGAGCUGUCGCUGCGUCGCAAUGGCCGCGACGGCAAGGUCGGCGUUGACGGGCAGUGGAAUGAGUUCCGGACGCCGGGCGAAGCGUCCCAGAUGCAGUUGGACAGUCCGAUGUAUAUUGGCGGCAUUGGGCCACCGUACGCCGAGAUCUACAUUCCACCGGCGAUCUGGACGGCGACACUGCGCCAGGGUUUUGUCGGCUGUUUGCGGGACCUAACGCUUUCGAGCAAGCCGGUGGAUAUAGCGCACAUUGCACGGCAGCAGGACUCAGCUGCCAUCAAACCGUCCUGUCACGUAAUAGCUAAUCAGUGCGGUGGACAGGUUUCACCAUGCCAGAACGGUGGCCAGUGUACCGAGGGCUGGAACCGUCCGCUCUGCGACUGCUCGGCCACCCUUUUCACCGGACCGACGUGUGGUCGCGAGUCGGCAACGCUCGCCUUCAACGGAUCGCAGCAUAUGGCCGUAUGGAUCGGGGGCACGCAGGGUAGCCGCACCCAGACGGAGGAGCUGGUCAUACGCUUCAAGACAUCGCGACCCGCAGGUUUGCUGCUGCUUACCAGCGCCGAGUCCAGCUCGUCCGAUCGGCUAGAGAUCGGGCUGGUAGCUGGCCGUGUUCGGGCUAAUGUGCGGCUAGGAGAUCGCGAAAAGAACUUACUCGCUGGUCUGACCGUGCUUAACGACAACAACUGGCACACGGUGAGAUUCUCUCGCCGUGCGUCCAAUCUGCGGCUGCAAGUUGACGGGACACAGCCCGUCAGGGGUAUGUUAUCUGAAGCGAUCCUCGGCCGACACAGCACGCUGGAAGUCAAAUCGAUACAUCUCGGUGGGCUGUUUCAUGCGGAGGAAGAGAUCCAGAUGACAGCGGCAAUGCCUAACUUCGUGGGCCAGCUGCAAGGAUUCGUGUACAACGGGCAUCGAUACAUCGAUCUGGUGAAAUCGCUCGGCCCCGAGCUUUCCUCUCUGCCAACGACUACGUUCAAGCUGACCGCACGGUUCGUAAAUUCACCACCCGGAUCACCGUACCUGCCGGCAACGUUCCGCUCGAAGCAUUCGUACGUCGGGCUACCGAUCCUGAAGGCGUACUCUUCCGUGUUUGUCGAUUUCCGCUUCAAAACGCUCGAGCCGAACGGUCUGCUCUUCUACAACGGUGGCAAACGGUCCGACUUUGUGGCGGUCGAGCUGGUGAACGGGCACAUCCACUACGUGUUCGACAUGGGCGAUGGGCCGAUUACGCUGCGCGACAAGGCCCGCAUCCACAUGAACGACAACCGGUGGCAUUCGGUGAGCAUCCGACGACCCGGGCCCAAAACGCACACCCUUGCGGUGGAUGAAUCGAUCGAGAUCUACACGGCCAGCGGCAACAAUAUGCAUCUCGAGCUGGAAGGCAUCCUGUACGUCGGGGGCGUAUUCAAGGAUAUGUACUCGCGACUGCCCUCCAGCAUAGCGUCUCGAUCCGGCUUCGAGGGAUGCAUCGCAUCGGUAGAUCUUGCCGACACGUCACCCAGCCUGACGGAGGACGCCGUUGUGCCGAGCUCGCUGGUGGUUUCCGGUUGCGAGGGGCCGACCAAGUGUAGCCAGAAUGCCUGCGCCAAUCGGGGCGUCUGUGUGCAACAGUGGAACGCGUACGCGUGUGAAUGUGAUAUGACUUCCUUCACCGGGCCUACAUGCUACGAUGAAUCAAUAUCGUACGAGUUCGGAAACAAUAAAGGCCUCAUCCAGUACAAUUUCCCACCGGGACGCCAGCCUGACACGGAGGAGGACAGCAUUGCGCUCGGUUUCGUGACCACCAAGUCGGACGCAGUGCUGUUGCGCAUCGAAAGCUCGACGACACAGGACUACAUCGAGAUGGAAAUCGUGGAAGGAAACGUGUUUACCGUGUACAACGUGGGCACCCAGGACCUGCCACUCGGUGAGGUAGCAGUCAAGGUGAACGACAACAACUACCAUAUCGUACGGUUCACGCGCACUGGAGCGAACGCUACGCUGCAGAUCGACGACUACAACGUCCAGACGGUGUCAUCGAUCGGCCACCAGUCGACCGUGUUUACAUCGAUGGCCAACAUACAGGUCGGUGGCAAGAUCGCACGCAACGGACGUUCGCGUAUCGAGAGACCCUUCAGCGGGGUGAUCGCCGGCCUGUCCGUCAAUCGGCUGCGAGUGCUCGAUCUGGCCGCGGAACGCGAUCCGCACAUCAACGUUCGGGGCGAUGUACAAUUGGUAACUGGCGUUUUAGAUAGAAAUGACCAAAGAAUGCAGCAGAACUCUUCCGAUCAUUUCAAGACCCCGGCCAGCGGCUACCCAGGAGUGAUGGACGAUCUGAUCUUCAGCGGAGCCGGCUCCGGUUGCCGCGGUGACGAUGAGGACGAAUGUACGCCCCCCUUUGAGAAUGGAUCCGGCGAUGAUCUGAUCACACCGGUGUACGUGCCGCCGACCAAGCAAACGGCCACCACGUCCUCCGGUGGCGGCAAGGAUGGAGCCAGUGGGCGAGGAAGGGGUAAGGCAGGCGAGAAACUAUGCGAUGACGAGGACUGUCUGCAUGGAUCCGGCAGUGGCGAGGUGACGGAGGUGUUCACAACUUCCACCGCAAGAAGCUCUGAAACGAGUCCCGAAAUGACGUACACCACGGUAGACUUUGAUCGGAAAACGGAUGGCACUCCAUCGUACACGACCCAGCGUCGCACGCCCGACACGUACUCAUCGUCCUCACACACCACCAACGACCUGGACACGACGAGCGGUAUGAGCAGUGGCACUACAGGCAGUUACGGUGGCAGCAGCAGCAGCAGCGGCAGUAGUAGCGGCACCAGUGGUAACUACGGUAGCUCUAUCGACAGUUAUGGUACAACAGUUUCGAUGGGAACGACCGGGUCCGGUACGACGACGGGCACAACGGCCAGCGGGCGAGUGGUAACCACCUCCACCGGCACAACGGUUGGGCUCAGCACGUACGGCUCAACCACGGCACAACAGCAUAUACCGUCCGAAACGACCGUCAGCUACCGCGAUCGGGACCGUGAUCAUAUCCGCGAAACGACCUACCCGCAAACACCGACCACGACCGAGGAGGAGAUAGUGGACGUGCACCUGCCAACGGACGACGAGGACGACGGGGAGGAGCACCGUACCACCGUGCACCAAACGCCGAACGGUCGGCGCCCACCGCCAGUGAAGGUGGCCGAACCGCCGAACCCCGAACCGGAGCAACCGUACCAGCCGCACCCGCAACCGUACCCGCCAACGCGCCUCCCCAAGCACAAGGGCGGCCGCAUCAACUCCGAGGCCGAGGAGCGUACGGCGAUGAUUAUCGGCAUUGUCGCUGGUGCCCUGAUUGCCGUCAUUCUCGUCAUUCUGCUCGUGCUGUGGAUCAAAUCGAACGGAGACCGAUCGUACAAGACGGAGCACGACAAGAGUGGUCUCUACGGGCAGGGACCGAGCGCGGCCCUGCUCGGUGGCUCGCACGGCAACUCGGGCACCCACAAUGCGCACCACUACAACCAGCAGGCGCAGCAGGCCCAUCAUCAACCGCAGCAUCACCAUCAGCCGUCCGCUCCGCCGCACUACAACGGGCACCAUUCGAACGGGGGCAGCACGCUGCCGCUGAACGGUUCGCUGCGACAUCACGGACCCAGCAAUGGGGCUAUGGCUGCGGGCGGUGGAAUGGGCAUGGGCAGCGGAGGCAACAUGAGCAUGGGCUACGGGGGCUUAAACGGCAGCGGUAGCGAUAAGGGCAGUAUGCAAUCGGGUGGUGGUGGCGGAGGUGGCGGAGGUGGCGGAGGUGGCGGAGGACAACCCCAGCGAAACAAGAGCCGCAACUCGAAAGACAUCAAGGAGUGGUACGUCUAAUGGGACUCUCACAGGUGAUAUGACGCAAUCAAUGUUACGCGAGGGUUGGGGGGGGGGGAACGUCAUUUACACGCAACGCAUGUCCGCAUCGGCGCAGUUUGUGUGCGAUCGGAUCGGAAGGGUGAUAAUUGAUGAUAAUCCGAAUUAGAAUGCUAAAAGCGCAUCUACUUGGGUGGAUGCAGGCGUAUGUAAAAAGGAAUGUGCAGGCGAUCGAGUCCUUCUAAAGGCCGAUCCGCACCACCGGCAGUUACAGGGGGAGGGGCGGUUCGAGUGGAGCAGCAGUGGCCACCUCUAGUUAGGCUCAUCGUCCCGGGCAUGUGUACAUAGUCGAGUAGAAAAAAAACUAUUGCAAGUGAUGGAAUCAUUCGUGCUAAACGAUGGAGAAGCCGAGGAAGGAAUCGUGCAAUACGAAGCAAAAUGGCACAAAGCCGAAGAAAGGUGGAGCGGGGGAGGAAAGUACGCAAAGUAAAUUGCAACAAAAAUAUAUAUAUUGCAAAAGGAACAAACAUGACGACCCAACUGCUUGUAAAACAGGUUUACCAAAUCACCCAGCAAAAAUACAAAUCGAAAAGUAGCAACAAUCCGUUAAAAGACGCGUCCUUCUCACAUCGGGCAGCUAAAUCAAUGGCUAAACGGUGCGUUGAGCACAAAUGGAUUAUGUUUUGCAUGUCGCUCAGAGCCACAAAAACAACAAUUACUCGCAAUAGAAUAGUGAAAGAUUUUAAGGCCGGUGGCAGUUUUUGGAUACACCAGAGUUUCUGCAGUGGGCAAAAAAAUAUUCGAAACAACCACUACCCAAGUUCUCUCCCAGCCGUUCAGAAUCCCGCAAUACACCGCAAAGAACCAAAAUACCGAAAAAUUACGAUACGCUAAAUACGAAAGCGCUUACAAGAGAAGAAAAAGAAGAGAAAA